AUGACCACCCUCAUUCGCAUAUUGCACUUGCUUAAUAGCGAGGAUGCUCAAACGCACCUCACGAAACGGCAAAGUGCUACACAGGAGCCUCUCACGGGCGGGGAUAGAGCGGGGUUUAUUGCUAUGGGGGUGGUCGCACUUUGCUCUUUUGUUGCAUCUUUCGGUUUGCUGAGUUUCCUUACAUACCGUUUCAUCUUUUGGAAACGUUACUAUAAACGUCCUCUUGCCGCCAACCAAUACGUCGUGUUGAUUUACAAUCUUCUCCUGAUUGAUAUCCAACAAGCAACCGCCUUCUUGUUAUGCCUCCACUGGGUCUCGCGUGGUAAUGUCUACUUUCCAAGUGCGGCCUGCGUUCUACAAGGUUGGUGGAUUCAGGUUGGUGACCCUGGAAGUGGGUUAUUUAUCAUGGCAAUUGCGAUGCACACCGGUGCAGUCGUGCUGAGAGGGCGGCAACUUCCACACCGGACUUUUGUGUGUUGCGUUGUAGGACUAUGGGUCUUCAUUAUCGUGCUAGGAGUGAUCCCUGUGGGGUUAUUUGGUUCCAAGACUUUCGUCAUCUCCGAGGCCGGCUGGUGCUGGCUUGGUCCUGAACACGAGACGGAACGCCUCUGGGUCCAUUAUCUAUGGAUCUUUCUCGCCGAAUUCGGAACUGUCGUUUUCUACGGCAUGCUAUUCUUUCACCUACGACGUCGCAUGAGCGAGGCAGCGAUGCUCCGUCAAGGACAUCAAGAAAGUCUGAAACGACUAAACCGUGUCGUCAUUUACAUGGUUAUUUACCCGAUCGUAUACCUGGUCUUAUCCCUUCCACUGGCAGCAGGCCGUAUGUCCACAGCCAGACACAUUGUUCAAAGCAGAGCAUAUUUCGCCGUGGCUGGGUCCUUAAUGGCGUUGUCAGGGCUGGUUGACGUUGUUGUGUACACGUUGACCCGGCGGCACUUGCUGCUGGAUACGGAGAUCAGCACAUCGGAUAAGAUGUAUGCCUACUCCAAUUCGAACGCGUACCAGACACAUAUCACAACUACCACGAGAGAGAACAAGAAGGUGCGUGUGGGGUCUCGGCUACGCCGAGGUCUACAGACACUAAAUGACACGAUAAACGACGGGGAUUCCACUGAAGACCUACGCAAGCACGGCGACAUGGAAAUGGCCGACCUGGGCCAUGGAGUGUACCAGGAGACAACGAUCGAGAUCUCGCACGAGCCAGCGGACCCGGACGAAUAUCACGGAAACAAACGGAGUAGUGGGUGA